AUGCUUCACAACUGCCGCAGCGACCCAGAAGUUAUAAGCAUUAUCAAGUUUGCUGCUUCGUGCCCUGGUGUUAAACUUCAUCGGUUCGCUGUCUUUCCAGCGCAUGAGAGCCAUCCAAGGGUUGAACUCCUGGAUGAGUCAUAUCCGGAUGGGGAGCAAGUAGUUGUCGAGAAACCUCGGAUUAUUCCAGAGAGUGCGGUACUCAGCUUCAUCAACAGCAAGGACCCUCAGCACCUCGAUCCGUUUGCCGCGUGGAAGCCUCUCGAGUAUGAGUAUUGGGGAACUGUCGAGCAGAGGGCUGAGUCGACUUCGAUAAAAUGGCCUGAGAAUAACGGGAUGGCCGUGACGUGCAAGCAGUGUAGCGACUAG